AUGCUGUGUCCCGAUACAGCGCACUUGCUGCUCGGCAACUUCUGCAUCUACCAUAUCGACGCGCCGGGGCACGAGGCGGGCGCGGAGGAGAUCUCUCCGCUGGAGGCGCAGCUCACGGCGAGCGACCUGGCGGAGCAGGUGGCGGAGGUGAUGGCGUGGUUCCGCCUGCCGCCCGCCGUGUGCAUUGGCGUUGGCGCAGGGGCAUACGUCCUCACCCUGCUUGCGCUGGAGCGUCCCCAAGCGGUGCAGUCGCUGGUGCUGGUCUCACCCGUGUGCCGGGCGGCGUCCUGGGCCGAGUGGGCGCGCAGCAAGGUGCUGCUGGGCGUGCUGUGCGUGGCGGGCAUGAGCAAGUACGUCAAGGACGCGCUUGUGCAUCGCUACUUCUGCCACCAGCAGACCGGCUUCCAUGGCCCCGCCUCCGAUUCCAUCCUCAUGUUCCGCCAGGAGUUGGACAACAGGGAGCCAGAGAACGUCAUGCGAUACCUCGACAUCAUUCACAGUCGCAUCGACCUCACGCCCUUCCUGCUGCACCUCAAGUGCCCUGUGCUGCUGGUAGCAGGCGAGAUGUCUGAAGCAUCAAUGCAAGAAGCUGCACACAUGAUGUGCCACCUUGACCCCAUGACCACGUCCUGGGUUCAAGUAGAGGCUUCGGGUGCGCUCGUCACAGAGGAGCGACCGCACAUGCUCAGAAAACCCCUCGAGUCAUUCUUUGCCCGGCAAGGCAUGCACUGCGUGUCGCCCUUUGCCGCGUCGCUGGAUUACUGUGAGGCCGUGGCAGCAGCAGCAGCGGCAGCGCCCCGCCUCAUCCCCUCCCCCCAGAUUCCCCCAACACCACAGGGUUCCCCGCAUUCCCCCAUUCCCCCAACUUUCGUUGGAAACCCCAGCUCUCCUCCCCUCGGCUAUCCCUCACUUUCCCCACCUCGCUUCUCCGCUGUCACUCGCUAUCUGCCGCACAUCACCUCCAAGAAUCAAGACAACUGCCUCACUCCCACAGCAAACCCUCUCCUGUCCACCCAAACGUCACUCCACCCAGAUUGA